AUGCACUUCCUCAAGUCCCUCCUUGUGGCGACUCUUUUCGCCUUGGGCGUUUCCACUGCCAUCGCCGAGGAGCCAGAUGCGCUUGACUCAAGAAGCACACUGGAGGCAUGCGCGCCCCUUUGGGAUGUUGCGCUGUCUUUGCGGGACCAGUUCCUCGCGAAGCGAGCCACGGUUGACCCUCUCGGACUGGAGUCAUACGACCGGUUCGUGGGGUAUUACAGCAGCGGGAUGUACAAUAUGCUCGAGGCCUGCGGCACGCUGCAGAGCUUCAAGUGGCCUCCGAAAGGGUAG